GCUUAGCCAACUUCACGACAUGUGCUUCUUAGUGCCUCACAAUUCAACACCAUGGUUUAUGUACCUGUUUUUAGUUUCCCCCACACGAUCCAUGAGUUUUUAUCUCGGUUUCGAUUAAUAAAAUCUUUGGUUUAGCAGAGUGAUCUUUUGGUUUUACUUACCUUAAGAUGAACAUUAUCAGGACAGUUUGAUACCAACUGAUCAAAAGUCUUUCCUACCACAAUCACCACACUUUUUUCCUACAUAUUUUGUUGGUUAGUUAAUCUUAGUUAAUAUAGAGUCCCAAAUAUAAACAUAAGCUGCAUGUAAAAAUAUACACAUGAAGACGAAAUCAAAGAACUAAAUCUUUCUAACAAGAUUCAACAUUUACUAAAUACCUUCGGUUUAAGCCUUGUGGAAAAAAUCUUCAAGAGGUUGAGCCUGAUUCUGAAGGUCAUCAGCCUUGGCAAAGAUAUUUACCUAACCAAGGAAAGAAAAACAAAAGUAGGAUUCAAUCAUAAUCGGGAAAACAUAUAAUCGAAACUGCUAACCUAUACAAACUUAUAUGACAAAAAUUCUAACAUGAAGUUAAUACAUAAGUCUGGAGUAAACUCAAAGAAUAUUGCUUUCGGUCAGUCUUGUGAUCAACUAAAACUUGUUCUAGCCUAGAAAUUCCAAUAUGUUCUCCAUCUGAUACGAUACAUCAGAAUAACCAUGCAAUACUUGAAAUUAUUAUUCCAAUAAAACAUCACAGUAUCUCAUCGAGCUCAUGGAAAAGAAGUUUCGCGACAUCGCUGAGAAAAUCAACAUUAGGCAUAAUUGGGAAGUGAAAAUAGUGAGUGAAAAUAUUGUUAUUUGCAACAUAUUUAUAAUAGUGGGCCGAUGGAUACCUGAAACGGCAGAAGUGGGAAAAAUAUGCUUAGUUCAACAUAGUGAAAACCUUUAUUAGAAGUGAUGAUAGAUGUGACGGAGGCUGGGUGAAUCUUCUUCUUUUUUUGAGCAAAGGCUGGGUGAACUCCUGAAGCUCUAAAUUAGGGUUCAUACGGAACGUCGGCAUGAUUGACAGAGAGGCAAGAGCGAUGACGAUCCGUAAUUUACUAAUUAUAAAUAUUGGUGGGCUUGAAUGAUAACUUGGUCGAUUGAGUGUUUUUACAUAGACCCAUUAAAAAAUAAAACAGAUGACAUUCAUAAAUAUAUAUUUGUUUCGGUCAUCAAUGUACAAAGUAUCCUUUAGUCUAGUGGUAUAAAUGUUGGUGUUUAUAUCAUAGUAACCCGGGUUCGAAAUACAAACUUGACAUUUUUCACACUUUUUAAAAGUGGAGCCCACUUACCUGCUGAUGUGUCGCAUCAGGAGUGAUGCAACUGCGCUAUUAUAAUGUAGAUUAUCAAAUUUACAAACAUCUCAUAAUGGUGAAAGUGUAAUUCAAAACAUUUAUGCAUGAAAAAACUCAGACCGUGCAUCAAGGUAAAAUAGUAGUACUCCCUCUAUAUACAAAUGCAUAAUGUUCUACAUUUUUAGCUUGUAUACAAAAGAUUGAUGUUUUAUAAUAUAAUUAAUAUAUUAUUUUUAAAACUAAAAAAUAAAUUAAAAAGUAAAAUUAUGAAAGUGGAAGACUAAGCAAAGGAGAGGUAAGCAUGGCCGGCAAAUUCGUGAUUCGUCUCAUUAGUUAUUACUUAUACAUUUUGUUAUUGGUUAUUGCUAGUUUCGUCCUAAGUGUUUUCUUAUUAUGUAUGAACUCUUUUCUAUCUUGAAGUGUGUUUCAUGCAAGUUUUUUUCUCACUAUAAAACUGUUAAGUCUUUGUAAACGUUUAUGUUUUAUUUUAAUUUAAAUGCCUUUAUUAGAAAAAAGAAUUUUAUUGAUAAAUCAAAAAUUAAUAAUUAGAAAAAUAUAUUAUUGUUUCUUAAUAUAUGCGAAAAAAUCUUAAACAACAUGAAUUUGUAUACAAAAGGAGUAUUAUAAUUCAUUUUUGUGCGACUUAUAAUUCAUUUUCUUACAAUACUAUAAUUACGUGUUAAACUGUAUAAGUAAACAUGACCAACAUGAAAGAACUCAGACCAGACAUCAGGGUAAGGGAGCAAAAUAAGGCAUUCUUUUAAAAUGCUAUAAUUACGCGUGUUAAAUUGUAUAAGUAAACAUGGUCGGAUCUGAUAUUCUGGGGUCCAAGUAAGAAAAGAAGAAAGAAUUAACCAAUUUAGUAGCUUAUGUCUCUAUAUAUUUAAGAUUGUGGGGAUAAAACAAAUGUUUUUAUUGGGUUAUGCCCAUAUAUGGCUCUGAAAGUAAACAUGUGGUAAAUGGUUAACAAGUGGUAAUGAACGAGGGGCUUUGUUUUGUUUAUUUGUUUGGGUAAGGGAUCAAUGAAAUGUUAACUGAAUUAACCUCUUCUUGACCAUAUCCGUAAACGCUAAUUACGUCUUCUUUAAAGUAAAGUUUGUGGUGCAAAGAUCAUGACUAUAAUUAUCCCCAUUAAGUAGGAGAGGCAAAAUAAAACUAGUGGACAAUGAAUGAAGUACUAAUCUUUCUCACUUUCAAUAAAUACCAUCCCCGAAUAACUAGUUACUUUACAUUUUCCAAAUCCAAGAUCAACUCAAACAACCUUUUACGUUUGAGACAAGACAAGACAAGAAACAUGGAUUUCCUCACCGACCAAGUAAAGAAGAAAUUCUCCGACAAGAAACCGGAAACUUCAGACCCAGACCCGAACCACAACAAUAACAAACCGGGCCACACCGUUCCAACGCAUAAACCUGCUUCCAGCUCCGAUCCAACAAUGCAUAAGCCAGCUACAAACGCCGAGCUCAUGGCUAGCGCCAAGAUCGUAGCGGAGGCUGCUCAAGCCGCUUCUCGCAACGAGACAGACAAGCUCGACAAAGCUAAAGUCGCUGGAGCCACCGCCGACAUACUAGACGCAGCUCAAAGAUACGGCAAGCUUGAUGAAAAGAGUGGUGUUGGUCAGUACCUCGAAAAGGCUGAAAAUUUUCUCCACAAGUACGAGUCUUCACACUCUCACUCCUCUGGCGGUGCUGGUAGUCACGGUGGUGUCAGCGGAAGCCAUGGAGGAGGAGCUGGAGCACCGGCGGUUAAGAAAGAAGAUGAGAAAUCGGGAGGUGGCAGUCAUGGGUUAGGAGACUAUGCUAAGAUGGCUCAAGGUUUCAUGAAGUGAUUAUUAUUAGUAGAUCAACAAAUAAAUAAUUAUGGUAGUGAUAUAUAUUAUCUUCCAUGGUUACUAUUAAAUAUAAGUUGUCUGUUUUGAAUUUGUAAACUGAUAGAUCAUGUAAAAUAAAAUAUUAACGUUCGCUAGUUCUCAUUACUCAUGGGAAGCCAUUAACUUUGUAAAACUAGAGAUGAUCUUAAGACGAUGUUUGAAAAUCAGCAUCAGAAGAUAACCAAAACCUGAAUUAUAUUCAGAUUGAA